CGGAAGUCCACCGAGGAGGGAGGCGUCUUCCUAGAGAGACUCAGGACGAGAGGCGCCUUUUCCUGUCAGAGCGAGCGCGGGAGGGAGAGGAAGGAGGAAGCGGAGGAGGAGGAGGAGGGUAUUUAUACCCCACCCUUCUCGCCCCGAAGGGGACUCAGAGCGGCUUACAGAAUACGCAUACGGCAAACAUUCAGUGCCUGAUUCUACAAUUAACAAGGACACACAACGCAGACACAGGUAACCUCUAAACGAACCUUAUGAAGAAAACAUUGCCCUUUGCCUUACGUCUGAAAGGAAAGUACGCAGGAUUAACAAGAACAAGAAAUAAAUUGGAGAAAUUAUAUUUCAAGCUACAUACCUUUGAAUGUAAGGAAAGGAAGGAUUGUGCUGUAAAAAGAGGGGUUGGUAAAGAGAAAAUAAGGCUACAGCAAUACAGAGACUGGGAAGAGGAAAUGUCCUAUUCAGGAGUCCAUAUCUGUGAACUUCAGGCAUAAUAUUAGAAUAAUAAAUGUUAAAAAAUGGAAACUUCAUUGUCAAAAUCACACACAGAGGAGAAGCGACAUAAUUGUAAGGACUGUGGGAAAUGUUUCAUUGGGAGAAGUUCUCUUGCUAAACAUCAACGAACUCACACAGGAGAGAAGCCAUAUAAAUGUGUGGAAUGUGGAAAGAGCUUCAGUCAGAGUGGAAAUCUACACACCCAUCAAAGGACUCACACAGGGGAGAAGCCACAUACAUGCAUGGAAUGUGGAAAGAGCUUCAGUGAGAGUGGAAAUCUACGCACCCAUCAAAGGACUCACACAGGGGAGAAGCCAUAUAAAUGCAUGGAAUGUGGAAAGAGCUUCAGUAAGAGUGGACAUCUGCGUAUCCAUCAAAGGACUCACACAGGGGAGAAGCCACAUACAUGCAUGGAAUGUGGAAAGAGAUUCAGUCAGAGUGGAGAUCUACGCACCCAUCAAAGGACUCACACAGGGGAGAAGCCACAUACAUGCAUGGAAUGUGGAAAGAGCUUCAGUCAGAGUGGAGAUCUACGCACCCAUCAAAGGACUCACACAGGGGAGAAGCCACAUACAUGCAUGGAAUGUGGAAAGAGCUUCAGUCAGAGUGGACAUCUGCGUAUCCAUCAAAGGAUGCACACAGGAGAGAAGCCACAUAAAUGCAUGGAAUGUGGAAAGAGCUUCUGUCAGAGUGGAGAUCUGCGUAUCCAUCAAAGGAUACACACAGGAGAGAAGCCACAUACAUGCAUGGAAUGUGGAAAGAGCUUCAGUCAGAGUGGAGAUCUACGCACCCAUCAAAGGAUCCACACAGGGGAGAAGCCACAUACAUGCAUGGAAUGUGGAAAGAGAUUCAGUAAGAGUGGAAAUCUACGCACCCAUCAAAGGAUCCACACAGGGGAGAAGCUACAUACAUGCAGGGAAUGUGGAAAGAGAUUCAGUGAGAGUGGACAUCUGCGUAUCCAUCAAAGGAUGCACACAGGAGAGAGGCCACAUACAUGCAUGGAAUGUGGAAAGAGCUUCAGUGAGAGUGGAAAUCUACGCACCCAUCAAAAGACUCACACAGGGGAGAAGCCACAUACAUGCAUGGAAUGUGGAAAGAGCUUCAGUAAGAGUGGACAUCUGCGUAUCCAUCAAAGGAUACACACAGGAGAGAAGCCACAUACAUGCAUGGAAUGUGGAAAGAGCUUCAGUCAGAGUGGAGAUCUACGCACCCAUCAAAGGAUCCACACAGGGGAGAAGCCACAUACAUGCAUGGAAUGUGGAAAGAGCUUCAGUAAGAGUGGACAUCUGCGUAUCCAUCAAAGGAUACACACAGGAGAGAAGCCACAUACAUGCAUGGAAUGUGGAAAGAGCUUCAGUCAGAGUGGAGAUCUACGCACCCAUCAAAGGAUCCACACAGGGGAGAAGCCACAUACAUGCAUGGAAUGUGGAAAGAGCUUCAGUGAAAGUGGACAUCUGCGUAUCCAUCAAAGGAUACACACAGGAGAGAAGCCACAUACAUGCAUGGAAUGUGGAAAGAGCUUCAGUCAGAGUGGAAAUCUACGCACCCAUCAAAGGACUCACACAGGGGAGAAGCCACAUACAUGCAUGGAAUGUGGAAAGAGCUUCAGUCGGAGUGACUAUCUACGUUCCCAUCAAAGGACUCACACAGGAGAGAAGCCACAUACAUGCAUGGAAUGUGGAAAGAGCUUCAGUGAAAGUGGACAUCUGCGUAUCCAUCAAAGGACUCACACAGGGGAGAAGCCACAUACAUGCAUGGAAUGUGGAAAGAGCUUCAGUCAGAGUGGAGAUCUACGCACCCAUCAAAGGAUCCACACAGGGGAGAUGCCACAUAAAUGCAUGGAAUGUGGAAAGAGCUUCAGUCAGAGUGGAAAUCUACGCACCCAUCAAAGGAUGCACACAGGAGAGAAGCCACAUACAUGCAUGGAAUGUGGAAAGAACUUCAGUAACAGUUCGAAUCUUCGUACCCAUCAAAAGAUUCACACAGGAGAGAAGCCACAUAAAUAGGACAAGUGCAAAGAAGCAGAAUGUUUGUCCAAAGAACUUCUAACGACUAUGACUCAAAAGAGACAUGAACAGGAAGUGGAAGGGGAAGAAAUCAUAUAACCAUAGAGUUGGAAGAGACCUCAUGGGCCAUCUAGUCCAACCCCCUGCCAAGAAGCAGGAAAUUGCAUUCAAAGCACCCCGGACAGAUGGCCAUCCAGCCUCUGCUUAAAAGCCUCCAAAGAAGGUUCCACAGCUGAACUGCUCUCACAGUGAGGAACUUCUUCCUUAUGUUCAGGUGGAAUCCCCUUUCCUGUAGUUUGAAGCCAUUAUUCUGCAUCCUAGUUUGCAGAGCAGCAGAUAACAAGCUUGCUCCCUCCUCCUUAUGGGAUUUUGGCCUGCAUAAAUAGGGGCAGAGUGUCUAGAUCCAGGGAAGUCAUGCUCCCCCUCUAUUCUGCCUUGGUCAGACCACUUUACCUGGAAUCACACUGUGUCUAAUUCUGGGCACUGCAAUUGAAAGGAGAUGUUGAAAAGCUGGAAGGUGUCCAGAGGAUGGCGACUAAAAUGAUCAAGGGUCUGGAGAACAAGCCCCAUGGGGAGCGGCUUAAAGACCUGGGCAUGUUUAGCCUGCAUAAGAGUAGGCUGAGAGAAGAAUGAAUAAAUGCAUGUACAAGUAUAUAUGAAAAUAUCAAUCUGGGUUUGUAAAAGGAAGACAAAUAUCACGUUUGAUAGGAAGAGUAUGAAACAAAAUAUGUCUGUCUCAAGAGAGGAAGUUAAAAGUGGGGAUACUAGCAUUAGAUAUAUUUAAUGCUUUGAUUGAGAUUAUGAAUUAAUUUGGAAUGGGAAGUAGAAUAAAGGGAUGAUUAGAACUAUUUUAUUUGCUAUGGUGAUAGAAUUAUUUGCAAACGCCAUUCAAAAAGGUAAGAAUGUAGAAGGUGUAGGAAUAAAGGAAAAGCAGAAGGUGAGCUUAUUUGCUGAUGACACAUUGUUAUUGAUUAAAUAUCUGGGUAGGUCAAAUGGAUAGGAGAGAGGAUCAUUGAAAGAUAUUUGGGAAAACAACGGGUUUAUAUUAUACAAAGAAAGAAGACUUUAUAGAACAGAGCCAUACGGGAAUUAGAAUCAAGAACAAAUUAAUAUACCUGGGAGUAAGUAUAACAAAGGACUUAAAAGAAAUAGAAGAGGUAAAUGUAGUAGCAUUGAGGAAAAUAGUUCAAAAAAAUUAAUACACAUCUAUCUUGGUUUGGAAAGACAGCAAUACUAAAAAUGAAAAUGCUUCUGAGGAUAAACUUUAUACUUACAUAUACCUUAUAUUUAUAAUGCCAUUUCAGAUUACAGAAGAAGAGUUGAAUACAUUAUUUCUUUGCAACAUUUCUACCCCACCUUUCUCCACCCCAAAGGAGACUCAUUUGGACAAAUGAUAAAUACUGUAAUGGCAGUCAAAGAAAUUGACGAAACAAGUUACAGAACAGAUCUCAAAAAGAAGAAGGAUUAGCGCUUCCUCAUAUGAAAAAAUAUUAUAAAGCAAACAGACUGAGAUUGGUUAUACAAGGAAUGAUGAAAAGGAGGAUGUAGAAUAGUUAAUAAUGGAUUCAGGAAAAGUGGAGGAAGAAAUUCGUAAUAUGUUUUAAAAUAGUUUAUGAAAAAAAAAAUAAGGUAAACUGGGAACCCAAUGUUGAGUAAUGCAUUAGAAAUAUGGAACAAAUACAGGAGAAAGUUAAUAACAGAUGGCUCAAUAAUAACCCCAAUUAUAAUGGAAAAGACAUUUCCAAAAAAUAAAAAAUAUAUAUGAUGGAUAAAAAAAUUAAGGGGAAAAACUUAGAUAAAAUAGGGGAUUGGCCAAAGGUUGGAAUGAAGAAAGAAAAGAUUAGGAACAUAAAAAUUUGAAAGGAAUAUCCAGUAAAAUUUCUAAAAUAUUAAUUGAAAAAAAACAAAGGAAAAGUAAAGAAUAACACCUUCAAGAAGAUUUGGAAAGAAGAUAUAGGAAUGAAAAUCAAUGAAACAGAGGGGUUACAAUUAUGGGGACAAAGACACUUGAAAAAUAUAUCCAUAUGUGUUAAAGAAAAUUAUUUAGUUGAUAUGGAAAUGGUACCUCACACCCAUAAGAAUAGGAAAUAUAAAUAAAAACUACUCAAACAAUUGCUGGAGAGGAUGCCAAGAAUCGGGAACAUACAUACAUAUGUGGUGGCAGUGUCAAUAUAUAAAUAAUUUCUGGGGAAAAGUAUUAAGAGAGAUAGACACAAUGAACAUUCAAAUAGAAAGAAGUCUUAGCAUGGCUUUAUUCUCAUUAUAUAAUAAUAAACAGUUGGAAAAAGAGGACAAAGAUGCGAUAACAAACGCAUUAACAAUUGCAAGACAGCUUAUAGCAAGGAAUUGGAAAAGGGAAAUAAAUAUAGAGAUAGAAGAAUGGUAUAAGGAAGUAUGGAAACUGGGAAGAAAUGAUAGGUUGACGUGGAGAGGGAUUUAGAAACAAAGUGGUUGUGAUGAUGUCUGGAGAAAAUGUAUUGGAAGAGGAUUCAAAAAGAAAGACAGAAUUACCUCCUCAAGAGGGAAUGAAAAGGAAUUUUGGACAGAUGAUAAAUAAAAAAAGUGACUUGGGGGAGGGAACACGGUGGUGAGGGUAAGAAAUCUGUAUAAGCGUGAAAAUAACAGUAGAUGCCAAAUGUUAAUGUAUUGUAGAUUGUACUGAAUAUAAUGUGGCUGCUGUAAAAGGAUGUACGAUUUUUUAAAAAAAUAAUAAUAAAUGUAUUUGUAAUUUGUAUAAA